UCUAGCCAUAGAUUUACAUAUGACAUAUGCCGUAGAGCACGCCACUAUAGCGUCGGCCGAGUCGGACAACGGUUUAUUUAUUCGAUAUUUGAACGCUAGUUGAGUUGGUAUCGCAGUCGCAGUCAAAGUGGAUCCAUGAGUCCAACUGUGCGGCAACAUAAUUAGCCAAUAACGCGAUAAAAUCGUGAUAAUAUAUAUCCUAAUUAUAUAUUUAGUACUCAAUCAAACUAGUGCUGGCUCGUAUCCUUUGAAAUCGACGCUGUGUUUAACGAUUAUUCAUUUUUAUCCUUUAAUUCGAAUGCAUUGAAAAUUAAAUUCAAAUUCAACUUCAAUUUCGAUUUCGAUUACGCUAUCGUGUUACAGAUUUCAUAAAGCGAAUUAUGAAAUUCCCACGUCGAUGUAAAGUGAGAUGAUUUGAGGUUUGGUUUAAUUUUCUGUUUCGUCGUCAACAUCAUGCUGGGCAAAUAUAACACAAAGGCAUUCAUAUCGCUUGGAUUGACUUUCAUAUUGAUGUGGAUUAGUGAGGCCACGGACGCCCACGUGAACUACAACUAUACAACGAAGCCGCGAGUGGUUCUUCCGCCUAAUUAUGUCAAGGAAAUGCGUCCGCCCUCGAAGAAGGGUUCCCCAGUGAUAGUAGACUUUAGCAUAUUUGUUGUAGAUAUUAACUCAAUUAACGUAGAGGAUAUGGACUUUAGAGUUGACAUGUUCAUUCAUCAGCGAUGGAUGGAAUCGCGACUAGAAAUCUCCGAUGACAUAUUCGAGGAGGGCGACGAUUAUGUGACCUUGCUUCCAGAAUUUUUCGAUAACCUCUGGCAGCCAGAUCCGUAUUUUCUCAAUUCAAAAAUUGCCGGAUUUGGAAGUCCACAUAUUUCGUCGACUUCUCUACUACGCCAUAAGGAUGAAAAAGAAUCUAAAAACUUUCAUCUAGACAAAUCUUUAAAAAUAGCUACCCUGACGCACAAGUUCACAUCGGUGACGCUCUACAAGAACAAGACGGUGCGCUAUGCCGCCCGGAUGCACGCCAUCAUUGCCUGCCAGAUGGAGUUCCAGCUGUAUCCCAUGGACAUACAAGUGUGUCCCAUUUACAUUGAAAGUUUUUCGUCCAAUAACCAAAAGGUAAAGUUACGCUGGUCGGAUUCGGGCGUAACGCUCAAUCCGGAGCUGAAGCUGCUGCAGUACAAUCUGGGCCAGCCGCUGGAGCUGGAGGAGAGCGAUGGCUACAUGCCCGAGAAGGUGGGCAACUUCUCUCGGCUCACCGUCUACUUUCGGUUCGAGCGUCAGAUUGGCCACCAUCUGAUCCAGACAUUCGCGCCCUCCUCGCUGGUCGUGAUGCUGUCGUGGUUCAGCUUCUGGCUGGGUCUGGAUGCCAUUCCGGGUCGCGUCACACUGCUGGUCACCUGCAUGCUGACGCUGGUGACAAUGUUUACGGGGCUGCGAGCCGAUAUACCACCCGUUGCGUAUGUAAAGGCGCUGGAUCUGUGGAUGGCCGGCUGCAUGGUCUCCGUGUUUGCCGCCCUGGCUGAGUUCGUGGUCGUCAAAGUGCUGGACGUGCAGUAUCAGUACCAGGUGAAUCGCAUACCAAAGGUAUUGCCCAUGCGCAUUAGCAAUAUGGAAAAGGGUCAAUGUGCAACGGUGGCGAGCUGGGAGGGUGGCGCCGUACGGUCACGGAAGGCCACACAAACGCCGACGACGCCGGGCCAGACCUCACUGCAGGGCAAUGGCGGUCCACCGAAGCCGGCGCGUCGCCAAAGCCUUUUGUCUGUCGCCUGGACGGACACGGACACGGGCGUCGAGAAGAUAAUGUGGCGUGAGAUUGAUAAGGUAUCGCGCGCCGUAUUCCCCAUACUGUUCUUCGUCUUUGUCCUGCUGUAUUGGCCCAUCUUGCUGAUGAAGUCCUCCUAGGAUUUGGGGAGUUCCAGAAUACACUUUUCUGGACUCCGUUAAAAAAUCGAAACUCAACUCAACUAAACUGAAGCAGAACGCGGACUUACACAACGAUAUCCAUGUGCUAGAGUGGCUUACUAGAUAUAUAUCUAGAGAUAC